GCUCGAGAAUUUGUUUCGAUUCAGUGCGGCUAGAUCCUCCUCUGCACAAAGAUUGGUGCGGGAUAUAUCAGCGAUAGUCGAUAAACAGUGAAAAAGUGGAAAUAACCGAAAGUGAGCUUUGUAGUGGAGUGCGUGAGUGUUUUUUGGUGAGCGAUCAGAUCCGCCGAUUGCAUUCUGAGAUACCGCAGUGAAUCGAACGUCACCGAUUUCAAGAUCCAGUGCAAAGUAGGGAAACCGGGAGCCCUUGGAUCGGAUUUACCCCUCAACAAAUAAUGUGAAGGCAAAGUCUGACCCUACAGCUCCGAGUUUUGUCAGGAUGAAGGGUAGCAGUUCUCAGUACACGACGUGAACCCGCGAUGCGCUUAACAAUUUUCUAAAAGAAUGAUUCCCACGAUAAGAUAAUUAAAUAAACAAUGCGAACGGAUGAAAAAGGGUAUCCUACGUUAUUGUCGCACGGAAAAUCUACGACGGAAUCUAAGCAGCACAAAAUUACAUCGAUCCAAGUAUAUUACGACUAAUGAAAUUACGAAUCAUCCACGACCCUCGCAAAUAAGAGAAGAAAAGAAAGUAGAAUGGCCUCCCUCGUUUCACUGGUCGUUGCCACCUUCCUUCUAGCCGUGAUAGACCUCGCCCAACCAACCCUCGAAGGGCCGAACGUCUGUACGCGGCAAGAAUCGUACACAACGACUGUCACGAUAUCGGAAAACAAAGGGUUCAAAGUUCGGGAGUACGGAUGGUGCUUCAGCUUCCCAAAAUUUAGGUGCACCAAGUACAGGGUCAACUUUAAACCCGUGUAUAGGACGCAGACGCUGAUUAAAAAACGGCCGGUCGACGAAUGCUGCAACGGAUACACGAGGAGCAACAAGGAUCGAUGCAUAGCGGUAUGUUCCGAAGAUUGUAUUCACGGCACUUGCGUUGCUCCGGACGAGUGCAAAUGCGAGUCAGGCUAUGGCGGACCCUCCUGCAAUAUUACCUGUCCGACCGGUUACUGGGGUCGGCAUUGUCGGGACGAGUGCACGUGCCGUAAUGGCGGUAGCUGCGACCCUUUUAAUGGAAAAUGCAAGUGCACAAGGGGCUGGAAGGGUGAAAACUGCGAUGAGAAAUGUCCGCCUGAUCGUUACGGACUGGAUUGCGGCGAGGAGUGUCGGUGUCAAAACGGUGGCAGCUGCCAUCACAUUUCCGGCGAGUGUCUCUGCGCCGCGGGGUUCACAGGACCUCUAUGCGACUUUCAAUGUCCAGAAGGUAAACACGGCUAUGAAUGCAAAUCGAACUGCAGUUGCCAAAACGGCGGAUCCUGCAGUCCGACAAAUGGCGAAUGUUUCUGCACGCCAGGAUGGACGGGAUCCGUAUGCGCUAAUCGUUGUCCCGAUGGCCAAUGGGGAAACAAUUGUUCGUCUUCCUGCGAUUGCUACAACGGAGCAUCGUGCCAUCAUAUAACUGGCGAAUGUCAAUGCAAAGCAGGAUUUCUUGGGGAGAAGUGUGUGGAGACCUGCCCUAGCGGCAAAUAUGGCCUUAACUGCACGAGCAACUGCAGCUGCAAAAAUGGGGCGACUUGUUCGGUGAUCGAUGGAUCCUGCAACUGCCAAAACGGGUGGAAAGGCGAGCUUUGCGAGGAGCGAGCUUGUCCUGACAGUUCAUGGGGUCCGGAGUGCAAGAACAGUUGCGCAUGCGAAGAAGAACACACCGAGCUCUGUCAUCCCUGGACCGGAAACUGCGUUUGCCGCGCCGGUUGGGACGGCGAAAUCUGCUCUCACACCUGUCCGAUUUAUACAUUUGGCAAGGGAUGCCAGCAGCAGUGCAAAUGCGAAAACAGCGCCCAGUGUUCACCUUUUGACGGGACUUGCACAUGCGCAGCGGGAUUCAAGGGUAAACGCUGCAACGAACCCUGUCCCGAUGGUACGUUUGGCGAAGAUUGCGCCCAGAAGUGCAAUUGCAAUAACGGAGCCAAUUGUUCGCCAGAAAACGGACGAUGCAACUGCACAGCAGGAUGGAAAGGUAUUCUGUGCGAUCGUCCGUGUCCCGACAAGUUUUACGGUAAGGAUUGCAAGGAGAGUUGCAAAUGCUUGAACAACGCUGCCUGCAAUUCGCAAAACGGCACAUGCACAUGUGCGGCUGGUUUCACCGGGGAUCUGUGCGAGGAAAAAUGUCCCAACGGAUACUUUGGUCACGAUUGUAAGCAGAUCUGCGACUGCGACAAGAAUAACAGCUUAGGCUGCGAUCCGGCGACCGGACGAUGCAAGUGCAAACCCGAAUGGAAAGGAAUAAGGUGCGAGACGCAAUGUCCGGCUGGUCAAUUCGGCGACGACUGUCACUCCGAGUGUAACUGCAUGAACAAUAGCUCGUGCGAUCCAGAAACUGGGGCUUGCGUUUGCGCCCGAGGUUGGGAGGGUCCCAAUUGCUCGGAACCUUGCGAGGAGGGCUUUUACGGCGUUGGCUGUAAGGAGAAAUGCCCAGAGAAAUUUAACGGCAACAUGACGUGCGAUCACGUCACUGGACAAUACGUAUGCAGACCUGGCUAUCUUGGACUAACUUGCGAACAUCCUUGCCCUCUGGAUAGAUACGGUCCGAAUUGCGCGAACCAUUGUCACUGCAAGAACGGAGCUGAUUGUCACCAUGUGACUGGUGUCUGCCAAUGUUUGCCGGGCUGGCAAGGCAGUUCUUGUCAAAUUCCCUGCACCGAUGGGAUGUACGGUGUUAAUUGCACCCAGCCUUGCAAGUGUCAGAACGGAGGCGAAUGCAGGAAAAACGAUGGUCAUUGCAGAUGCGCACCUGGAUGGACUGGAACGCAUUGCACAGAAGUAUGUCCGGAGGGAUAUUACGGUGAUCACUGCAUGGAACCGUGCGAAUGUAAGUCCGAUUCCUUCGUAUGUCACCCGAUAAACGGUUGCACGUGCAAAAAAGGCUUCAAAGGUGAAAACUGCGAUGAGUUAAUGCAAGAAAAGAGCGUCCUUCCGAUAGAAGAUUCAGGAUCUGGAAGUGUCGUCGUGGGAAUUGCGAUCGCUCUAAUCUUCAUUGCGAUCAUAUUCACGAUAUGGUUGUACUACAGGCGGCGGGUUGCUAAUUUGAAAACUGAAAUAGCUCAGGUUCAAUACAUCGCCGAACCUGUGACGGCGCCAGAUCGCAAUCACUUCGAUAAUCCGGUAUACUCGUAUCGGGAUUCUAGUAGGUCUGACGACGGAACAGCGACGUUGUUGAACAAUGUGCAAAUAAAAAACGAUCUAGGUACCAAGAAUAUUAACACAGAACGAGCCAAACUCGGUCCCAUGGUUGCUGGCUAUAAUACAACUAGCGAUGACGAUGGCAGUUGCAAAGAUUCCUUCGGGCGUUUUCAGUACAACGGUCUAGACUCGAAGAACAAGGACGCCGAUCUUGGAAACCCUAAUCUGUAUCACAGCAUCGACGAAUUAGACGCAAAGAAAGCGGCCGAGCACGUCUACGACGAAAUAAAGCAAAACAAGGGUGAAAUGGAGUACGAUCACCUCGACUACACGAGGCCGACGAGUUCAUGGAAGCCGCACUAUCAGCGAAUGGCGAACGGAUUCGGAUCCAAAGACGGGAGCGGUCCUAGCAAAUCUCGCGAUCCGGACGUCGAAAGUGGCGAAACAGAUUAGCUCGAGACGAGAAACUAGCCCUUGGAUAAUAUAAUGGGUUGAAAAUGUACGAGUGUGAUAGCAGAAACUCUCCAGUCGAGGGUUUAAUGCAAAUUAUAAAUAUACACGUAUUAUCGAUGUGAAAUUUAAGAGUAAUAGCCUUGUGCCAAAAUUAUAUGAGAUACGGGCUGAAUCGUGAUACUGGCUAUUGUUAUUAUUAUUUUUAUUAUUAUUAUUGUAUUAUCGGUAUUCGAUGAACGAAAUUUGUUAUGAUCCAAGUAUUUGUAGAUCGAAAUAUCAUGAAAUGUGUUACUUUUUUUCAUUUGAAAAUUUGUAUAAAUAUAUUGAUAUACCGACUGAAGCGACGGCUUAAAGUUGCUGGUAAGUAUUUUGGAUGACUUCGUUGCAAUUCGAGUGAUUUUUCCUUCUCAUUCUGUCUCCAAAUGUAAUACCCCAUGAAGAUAUUCAAAGAUAGAUCAUAUGAUGGAAACGUGGAACUUAGAUUAAAAAAAAAAGAAAUUAGGUAAUUGCGUCAGUGGCUUGAAGUUCGUGUUUUCGAGAACAAAAUAAAACAAUUGAACAUAGUUCGGUUCAAGGUCUUCGAGUUUUCGUAAAACGAGAUUCAAAGACGCGGACGUCGUAAAAUUCUUCGUCUGAUUUUGAAAUUACCACUUACCGGAUAAAGAGAAGAGAAUUGAGAUAAAAAUUAAUUGUAACGGUAACGAUUAAGCGAUAAUUUCCGUAUCUUAACGUAAUCUAAGUUUGAUCGUAUAAUCAACGAAACGGUAAAACAUUUUGCGGAAUCCACGGUAUAAUUAUAAUUAUAUCGGCUCCUGUUUAAUGGAACAGAUCCAAUGAAUUAAUCGAAGCCAAAAUAUGUUCUGGAUAUUUACAAAUCAAUUGUUAGCAGUUAAAUACUAAUUAAGGCGAUAAAAGAUUUAUCACAAAUUUUUAUACCUGCUCGGUUGACGGCUUUAAAUUUUGUAUGCUACGAAUUUUUGAAAACUGUGUUCGAGCAUUGAAGCAACGAUGCUACUGCAAAACUGCUGUCAAUAAUUUAUGGACAGAAUUCACGAUUUUUGGUCCAAAAUUUUAUACCUUAGGUCUGCGUAAUGUUCACUUUCGUUCAUCAUUAGAUAUAGCAAUAAGUCGUAUAUUAGUAUCGUGUUAACAACCUUAAAAUAAAAAGCAUCAAUUUAUCAAUAGAUUAAUCCACUUAUAUUGUAAAUACAAAAUUUCUGCUGAACUGCAGAUCGGCGCGGUUUACAAUCGAUCCUUUGAUAUGAAUGAAGUAUGUUUCGAUUAGAGCAAUAAGAGGUGAAUAAUUUAAAUAACAUUUCGCUAUAUUGUUAUUACUGUUGUUGUAUAUAUAAUACAUAUAAUGUAAAUCAUCUACAUACGCUAUAUGUAUACACAAAUUAUAUUUCGUAACGAUAUGUUGGAUAAAUAAUUUACUAUAUUAAUAUUUCCGUUCUCUGAUAAACAAUUAUGUCGGUGAACUCGUCAAGCUUGGCAUACGAUUUAUAUUUUCCAUUCGUUUAUAUACAUACCCGCACAUGUAUUAUUAACUCAUUGCCGCGUUUUUUAUUUGAGAAAAGUAUUUUAAUCCAACAUUUUUCCUUAUCUAUAUAUUUUACAUAAAUAGUUUAUAAAUGUUUGUAUGUAUGCACGUGUGUGAUGUAAAAUUGAUAAAUAUAUUACUAUUAUCUGCACAUCUGUAUACAGUGCGCGAUAAAAGUAUUCGUACAGUGGCUAAAUUUAAAUAAAAUAAGGAAUAAUUUUUUAAAAAUUGAUUUAUUUAUUCAAAGGUGUGCUGUUUUAUUUCAUGCCUGGAUACUAACGUGAAAAAAUAUAUAGAAUCGGACAUUUUAUCUUCCGUUGCGUGGCUAAUAUGAAGACAAGUCACCGGUAUGGUAAGGAAAUGUAUUCGUACACUAUAAGUUUACGAUGCAACAUUGUAAACAAACAAGUUCGAAAUGGAUUAUUCACCGGGAACGAUUAUUUGCAAAUGCAAAAAAUCGUAUCAAAUUUAUAUAAAGAAGCAAAACAAGUCUUAUGCAUACAUUGCAAAGAUUGUUCAGAGAAGUCGAUCAACAGGUUAAAGUGUGAUGAAAAAUUUUUUGAAUAUACAGAAAUAUUGCGAAAUUCACACAGAAGUGGUCGACCACGGAAACUGUCUUCACGUAAUGGAAGAAAGAUUCUGCGAUAAGGAAAAGAAAACCCAACGAUAAGUUCAUCGGAAAUCGCGUGACAGAUCGGAGAAUAUGAUUUUAAAGACGAUUCAGAAAGUCAUUCGGCGAGCAGGUUUGUAAACUACGAUACAGUCCUCUGGAACAAUGUCACAUUCUCGGACGAAUCAAAAUUUCAAUAUCAUAUUUUUGAUUCUGAUGAUAGUUUGAGAGUACGGAGAAAACUCAAAACCGAAUUCGAUUUAAAGCAUAUUGCCUGCUAUCAAAUAUGCAAGUGGAUUCCUUUUCACAACGGACAGUCUAAAAAUCUCCGGAAACACAAUUUAUACGUUAAUAUUGUUCCGCAUAGCGUAUCAAGCAAAAAGGUAUUCCACAAAAUAUAAAUAACAAGUUGUCGACAAGGUUUGCUGAAAUACAAAAAAUACCCUUGUCCGAGUCAUAAUGACUUUCGGUAAUACCUAUGCGUUCCUGAGUCAGAGAUAAGCGACCUUUUGUAAAUAUGUGAUUAUGUCAGAAUAUAAAAGUAAAAUAUAAAACAGCACACGUUUGAAUACAUGAAUUAAUUCAAACAAUUAUUCCCUAUUUUGUUUGAAUUUAUCCACCGCACGAAUACUUUUGUCCCUCACUGUGUGACCUGGAAAACGGAAAUUUAAAUGAUAAUAUACUAUUUUGCAUUUUAAACAUAUGAGUAAAUUAAAUCAUUUUACGUGAUUUGAAAUUAAUAUUCCUAUAUCAUUUUUUAAAUCGUAUCGUAUACUUAUAAUAGUUUUCAACGUUACCGGUAUAUGUUAAAAUAUGCUUGCGCUUAAACAUAUUAAACCUGUGAUCGACGAAUAUUAUUAUCAUUAUAGUAACCGUGUACUUUUCUUUUUAUAUUCAUUCUGUUCAACUACUUCCGUUCUUUUUCUUUUGAUUAAAACUCGGCAAGACGGUCAGUAAAUAGAAUGUCCACAUUAUAUAUACAUGAUCGUACUAUACAUCGUUUAUUUUCGAAUCAAUUAUUUUUAAAUUAAAUUUGCAAAUAAUAAUGAAAUUCAAUUAGUCCCAUCGAUCGAUGCCUAAUCGGACGAAAUAAAUGUAUAUAAUACAUUAUGCUGUCAAAGGUAAAAGGUAAGCACAUAACAAUAUUACAAAUUAGACGCUUUUGAUUACAUUGAUUCAGUUUUAUUCUCAAUUAUUAAAGUAUACAUAUACAUAUAUUACACUAACUUUAUUAUUAUCAUUAUUAUUAUUACGGACGUUUUAAUUAAGCUUAUUAAAAGUAGACAUCCAUAUUUUAUGAUUUGUACAAUGCAUUGUGUAAGAUACUUUCUUGCAUAUUGACACACAUUCAUAUAAAUAAAUUGUAACAUGCGGAGUAAGAGUAAUGUAUAAUUGACAGCGAAAUCUUCAAUCUUAGAAUUUUACAGUAAAAUAUUACAAUACAAUAAUAACUACACUGUCUACAAAAACGGAGAGAUUAAUCGCGUAUAUUCGCAUAAUGUAGAACGAAAGUUAUUGCAGACAUAAUUGCUCAUUUAUCAACCAACUUACUCAAUUUGUUUGACAUAUGGGGCAUUCCACGUCAAAUCAACGGUUCCUGGACCUGACCCCCUGAGAUUUUAAUGUCCAAUGGGUUUUUUUGGUU